CCAAGUUGCAGAAUCUAGUAAAAUAUAUUAAAUUUUCACAACCUCCAACCCAACUUCCCCAAUAUGUCUUUACUUUCUUUCUUCUUAUGCUUUCUUCCCUCAACCCUCUAAAAAUCACAGAUUCUACCUUUUGAUGCAAAUGGGAUCAACUCACCAACCCUAGGGUCACAUACCAGCAAGAUUCAUUCGUUCAUUCAUCUCAAACCAAACCACCCCACUUCAAUUAUGGCACCAUUUCCCACUUCCCAUUAUUACUUCAGGGCCUUCACUUUCUCCAUUUUGUUCCUCAAAACCCUAGCUUUUGACCCAAUUCCUCUGUUUUAUUAUGCUGGCUUUGGAAAAGAUCUGAAAUUUACGCCCAACGUGGCCCUUUUUGGUAAUGCAAAGGUUCUCAACGAAGGGUCUGGGAUUCAUUUCUCUGGCUCUGGGAGUUCAGGAGACACUGGGAGAGUCAUGUACAAGAAACCCAUCAAGCUUUUUCAAGGUAAACCAAGGCAAUUAGUGUCUUUUUCUACUUACUUUGCAUUUUCAGUCUCAUUGGAAGAUGGGGGUGGCUUGGCUUUUGUUAUGGCUCCAAAGGGUUCUGAAGGUGAUAUGUUUUAUCAAAGUUCUUAUGGGUUGAAUAGUAGAAAAUUUGAAGUUGUUGGUGUUGAGUUUAGUGCCUCAAAGGGUGGUAGAAAAGGGGUUUCUUCUAGUUGUCAUGUCAACAUGAAUAUUGGUGGUUUUGUUGCUAAAAAAAGUAACACCUCUAUUGGAGAAAAGUUGCAUGUUUGGAUUGACUAUGAAGCUAGUUCAAGGCGCUUAGAAGUGAGACUGAGUCAGCAUGGUAAAUCGAGGCCAUCUUAUCCAUUGCUGUGGCAAUCAAUUGACUUGUCAAAUGUGUUGAAGGAGAAAGAAAUGUUGGUGGGUUUUAGUUCUGUGAAGGGGAAUGACUCUCAAGCAUGCUUUCUCUAUUCAUGGAGCUUUGUUCUGAGGAAUUUCCCACAUUCGAUGCAUUCAGAGCCCUUGGAUCCAAAGGUCUUUGUCAAAAACACUGAAAGUCCAGUGGUUAAACAAAGGAGUGAUUGCUUUUUGAGAGUUCUUGCUGCAAUGAUAUUUGGUACUGGAUGUGGAGCUUUGACAGCAUUUAUUGUGCUUUACUUGUGGACCAUCUUUGGCAACAAUAAACGUGCUGUGGUGCCAGAGGAAUCUGUUGUGCAACCUGUAGAUGUUGAAUAUAGGAAAAAUGUCAGAAUUGUUGUAGAUAAAACCAUCGAAGAUGGUAAGAAGUAGAAGAACCUCAUGAAGGAAGAGAUUGGAGGAAGCUUGUGUUUGUAAAUUUAGCUUGUCUUGUAUUUAGGUUUUGCUCUAUUGUAGUAGUAGUCUUGGUAAAGGGCCAUGUACUUGGUUCUCUUUCCUGACGUUGUCCAUUGUUUAUCAAAUUGAGAUUGAGAUCCAACUGUGUUAAAGAUUGCUUACUUUUUUGAAACAUGCCCAAAUUGAGGUUAUUAAUGUACUAUAUGAUGUUGUUGACAUAGAUAUCAUUGUAUGAGUAUAACCACUAUCAACCUAUAUCAAUGAAUUGGUUACUUGGACUUUGUUUGGUAAUAA